AUGUGCAAAUGGACGCCACCCGCCAUCGGUCUCCAUCCCAACCCUGCCGCUGCUGGCACGAGCGCUGCCGUGCCACCCGUCCUGCCCAGGGCCGCCUCCUUCCGCCUGGCCUGCAUCGCCCUGCUCCUGGCAGCUGUAAGCGCGCUUGGGGGGUGCCCGCAGGGUGACCCGGGGGAUGCUGGGCACAAGCAGCUGCAGGGGCUGGUGGAGGCGGCAAACUGCUCCUGGACGCUCGAGCGACACGCCCGCAGCUAUAACCACCUGGAGGGAGAUGUGCGUCUGCGGCACCUCUACUCGGCCAACAAGUUUUUCCUGUGCAUCGACAAGAGCGGCAAGGUGGACGGAACCCGGCGGAAGAACUAUGCUGACAGCCUUAUGGAAAUCCGAUCCGUCAGCGUGGGAGUCGUCGCCAUCAAAUCCGUCAGCACUGGGCUCUACUUGGCCAUGUCCAAAAAAGGCACGCUCUUUGGUUCGGUAAAGUACAGCCCCAGCUGCAAGUUCAAGGAGCGCAUCGAGGAGAAUGGCUACAACACGUACGCCUCGCUGCGCUGGAAGUACGGCGGCCGCCAGAUGUUCGUCUCGCUGAACGGCCGAGGAAAACCACGCAGGGGACACAAGGCCCGGCGGAGGCACCCGUCCACCCAUUUUCUGCCUAUGCUGCCUUCGUAA